AUGGAGUGCACCGAGGAAGAACUAUACCAGCUGGUUUUGUCACUUGUUGAAGACCUGGAGGAUCCAGAUAUAGUAAAGUAUAAGCGAAAAAUGAUCAAUUUGUACAUAAAGUUGAGUGUUGAAAAAAUAUAUAGAAAGGACAUGUCUCUGGCGUCGCUCUACUCUAUUGGCAUUUGCAUCUAUUCCUUUCUGCAGCAAAUGGAAGAAAACGAAAAAAUCAUAAAGAGCGAGGCAAAGGCCAAAAUACAAGAAGAAGUUGUAGAGUACAUAUGUAAAAGAGAGGUGCUAAAAAUACGUGCAAUAAUAUUAGAUACAUUCAAGGGAACAUAUACCGAGGACAAGAACUAUUCUGUGAAGCCUGAAGAGUGGGCUGUGAAAAUUAUUAAGGAGCUGAGCAGCUUUAUAGGAGAGAACAGGCAGAAAACAAAAGACAGCCUUUUUGCAGGGCCACGGAGAGUAAUACUAGAGAAAGUAGAAGAGCUACUUGCGCAGGAGAUAAAGGAGGCUUUUGUAAGCAAGUCCAAGCUAUUUGGAAAGAAAGGAAAUCUGCUGGUUUUAAACAUUCUCUAUAUAGAGAAGUACUUUAAAAGGUACACAAAAACAGACUUCAUGGAACAGCUAGUGCAGAACAUCCACAAAAGCUUUAAAGACCCAGACCUGAUAGACAGGGAGAUAUCUAAGUAUGUUAAAUAA